AUGGAGAAUGUUCCAGUAACAACAGAGAAUGCUGAAGAGAUAGCGAGACACAUGCUGAUCCUGACCAGUCAAACGCUGAGCCUGUCACCGAGAGACCUGGAGAUUGUAGUUGCCAAGAUGUCAGCCAUUGUGGAAAUGGCUACCAUCUACCUGCCCUUGGCCAAGGAUGUGGUUGGAAUUAUCGACAACAUCUUGAACAAAACCAAUGACCUGACUGGAUUCUCUGUGAGGAUUUUAGAGAUAAUGGAAACAGUGGGAAAUAACCUGGAGUUCCUGGGCAGUGAAGUGAACAUCACCACGGAUACCGUCUCUAUGGCUGUCGUCAACAUCGACUUCAUCCACUUCUGGGGCAUCGCCUUUGGAGUGCUGUCCUAUAUCGAUGGGUUUAUCCAACAGGUGAUGGGCAGAGAGUGGAUCUAUAGGAAUGACACAUCCCUGGAAAAUCCUGUGGCUUUCAUUGAAUUACCUCCAGUUUUAAGCAAAUGGUCAGCAGGGAAACAGGCUCUGAAAUCUCGGAUAUUAUUCCAGUUUUAUGGAGAAACGUCUCUCUUUGAGGACAGGGCCCUGACUCAGCGGAAACUGAACAGCUAUGUGGUCUCCAGCAGUAUCGAAGACAGGAACGUGAAAAACCUCAGUGAACCUGUUAAAGUGACCUUGCAGCAUCUAACACCAAAACAGGUGAAAUCCAACUCUGCCAAUCGGCCAGAUACCUCAUCGGCAAUUCUGGUUUGGAACGGACAGGUUUGGAACGGACAGGUUUGGAAUGGAUUGGUUUGGAACGGACAGGUUUGGAACGGACAGAUUUGGAGCGGACUGGUUUGGAACGGACAGGUUUGGAACGGACUGGUUUGGAACGGACAGGUUUGGAACGGACAGGUUUGGAUGGGAAAGGUUUGGAACGGACAGGUUUGGAACGGACAGGUUUGGAACGGACAGGUUUGGAACGGACAGGUUUGGAAUGGACAGGUUUGGACGGGAAAGGUUUGGAACGGACAGGUUUGGAACGGACUGGUUUGGAACGGACAGGUUUGGAACGGACAGGUUUGGAACGGACAGGUUUGGAACGGACUGGUUUGGAACGGACUGGUUUGGAAUGGACUGGUUUGGAACGGACAGGUUUGGAACGGACUGGUUUGGAACGGACAGGUUUGGAACGGACAGGUUUGGAACGGACAGGUUUGGAACGGACUGGUUUGGAAUGGACUGGUUUGGAACGGACAGGUUUGGAACGGACUGGUUUGGAACGGACAGGUUUGGAACGGACAGGUUUGGAACGGACAGGUUUGGAAUGGACAGGUUUGGACGGGAAAGGUUUGGAAUGGACAGGUUUGGAACGGACUGGUUUGGAACGGACAGGUUUGGAACGGACAGGUUUGGAACGGACAGGUUUGGAACGGACUGGUUUGGAACGGACAGGUUUGGAACGGACAGGUUUGGAACGGACAGGUUUGGAACGGACUGGUUUGGAAUGGACAGGUUUGGACGGGAAAGGUUUGGAACGGACAGGUUUGGAACGGACUGGUUUGGAAUGGACAGGUUUGGACGGGAAAGGUUUGGAACGGACAGGUUUGGAACGGACUGGUUUGGAACGGACAGGUUUGGAACGGACAGGUUUGGAACGGACUGGUUUGGAACGGACUGGUUUGGAAUGGACAGGUUUGGACGGGAAAGGUUUGGAACGGACAGGUUUGGAACGGACUGGUUUGGAACGGACAGGUUUGGAACGGACAGGUUUGGAACGGACAGGUUUGGAACGGACAGGUUUGGACGGGAAAGGUUUGGAACGGACAGGUUUGGAACGGACUGGUUUGGAACGGACAGGUUUGGAACGGACAGGUUUGGAACGGACAGGUUUGGAACGGACUGGUUUGGAACGGACUGGUUUGGAACGGACUGGUUUGGAACGGACUGGUUUGGAACGGACAGGUUUGGAACGGACAGGUUUGGAACGGACAGGUUUGGAACGGACUGGUUUGGAACGGACUGAUUUGGAAUGGACUGGUUUGGAACGGACAGGUUUGGAACAGACAGGUUUGGAACGGACUGGUUUGGAACGGACAGGUUUGGAACGGACUGGUUUGGAAUGGACUGGUUUGGAACGGACAGGUUUGGAAUGGACAGGACGGUGAACAGGUUAGCUGCGUCUUCUGGGACUUUAAGCAAAACCAUGGAGCUGGUGGCUGGAGUUCCUCUGGUUGUGAAGUUGUCAUCAGUAACUCUGAAUACACCACGUGUUACUGUAACCACCUCACACACUUUGGUGUUUUAUUGAACAUCUCCAGGAAACUCAUGGAUCCGGUUCACCUCUGGAUUCUCACCAUCAUCAGUUACAUCGGAUGUGGAAUCUCCUCCUUAUUCUUGGGGGUGAUCUUACUGACCUACCUCGCAUUUGAGAAUGUGCGACGUGACUAUCCCUCGAAGAUUCUGCUGAACCUGUGCAUGUCCUUGUUCAUGCUGAACAUUACCUUCCUGACCAACUCGUGGGUGGCCUCAUUUGGAAUCUCAGGGCUCUGUAUCACUGUGGCUGCCUUGCUGCACUACUUCGUGCUGAGUUCUUUCACUUGGAUGGGUAUCGAGGCAGUACACAUGUACUUUGCACUGGUGAAAGUUUUCAAUAUCUACAUCCACCAUUUCAUGCUGAAGUUCUGCGUGAUUGGAUGGGGAAUCCCAGCAGCUGUGGUGGGAAUACUGCUCUCCAUCGAUAUUAACCUUUAUGGCUACGAAACAAAGUUGAAAACUGUCAAUCCAGCAGAGCUCUGCUGGUUCAGAAAUGACAUUGCUUUCUACCUGUCAGUGGUGGUUUAUUUCGGGCUGGUGUUCCUCAUUAACCUGGCCAUGUUUAUCGUGGUGCUACAUCAGGUCCGGGUGAUGAGGGUGCAGAGACCCGGUAACAGAACAACACACCGCAGUCUGCAUCACCUGAAGGGCUCUGUCAGCCUGACCGUCCUACUUGGGCUCACCUGGGGAUUUGCGUUCUUCGCCUGGGGACCCGCACAAGAGACCUUCAUGUACUUCUUCACUAUCUUCAACACUCUCCAAGGAUUCUUCAUCUUUGUGUUUCACUGUUUACUGAAGGAUAAUGUCUGUAACCAGUGGAGGAUGCACUUCUGCUGCGGCAGGUUUCAACUCAGCGAGUAUUCUGAGUGGAGCAGGACUGCCACAAAUGGAAACCUGAAGGAUGUAAUGAAAAGCUUCAACACUCAUUCCAAAAAAUCCUACAACUCAAAUUCAACAACAACAUCUUCAAAUGGAUCACGAAAGAAUUUAAUUCUUUCUCCAAACUUUGGGAACGAUCCUGACUACAGCAAUGACCACACCUGGCCCUCUGCCCUAGGUAACUGGAUGACCAGCUGGGAUAUUGAACUGAUAAAUGAACCUCAGAAACCAGAGAACACGCUGAACCUGCCCAGUUACAUUCCAGCGCAGCGCCUGGAGCUGAUUGGCUGGUGGCCAGGAACUGGUUAA